AUGGCAGGAUCGAUGCCGUAUCCUGGUCCUGUUCCCAUGAGUGCGCCAGUUCCGGGCCGUGCGUAUUAUCCCUCCUAUAUGGGACAGCCGUACAUGGGACAAUCGUACAUGGGACAACCUUACAUGGGACAACCGUACAUGGGACAAGCGAUGCCCAGACCUAUGGCAGCAGCUCCCAUGCCCAUGAUGCCGAUGAUGCCCCAGGGAGGCGGAGCUAUGGGUGGGACCAGCAUCAUUGUGGAGCCUUUGGUAAUCCUGCCAAUGGGUAUUGGGGCGAGCACGGGUGCGGGCUUAAAUUCCAAUCCAUAUUACGGAGCAAAUGGGGCUUAUCCCAGCUAUAAUAAUUACAAUCCCUACAACACAUACACUACAGCACGACCCAACUACGACUAUAACAACUACAACAACAACAAUAAUAACUACCCGAAUUCAAAUAACAAUACUGGCUCUAAUAACAAUUACAACGAUUACAACUCAUACGGCUAA